CUGUUUUAGGUUUACACAUUUAUUAGAAAUCCACGGAAACGCAACUAUUCAAAGCAGACCAAAAUUUUGUAAAACCAAUAACCAAUUGGAUUUUGAUUUGGGUUAAAUUAGGAAAGUAACAAAAAUUGAAAAUGUCUUUCGAAGAAUUACUACAAGACGCAGGAGAGCUGAGCAAAUUUCUCGGCGAGGCAACGCGUCCAAGAGUAAGAAACAUUUUAUUGCAAGCAAAAGCCGAAGUAGAAAAGGAAAUUGUUAAUUUAGAAAUGAAAUCGCGCAUAGCUGCGGAAAAGAAAGCAAAUGCGACAUCAACGAAAAGGUAUUUAGUGGAAUUGAAUGAAUACGCUUGGGAUCAAAGUGACAAAUUCGUAAAGUUGUUUGUUACAUUGGAAGGUGUCCAAAACAUUGACGAAUCAAAUGUUGUCGUCACUUUCAAUGAAAAUUCAGUCGUCUUGCACGUGAGCGAUCUCAAUGGCAAAGAUUAUGGUUUGACUAUAAACAAUUUACUCGAUAGCAUUAAUGUUGAGAAGAGUUAUCGCAAAGUGAAGAAUGAUAUGGUCGCCAUUUAUAUGAAGAAAAAUACAGAGGCUAAGCAUUGGGAUCAUUUAACCACCAUACAAAAGCGGCUAAAGCAAAAAAUGGAUGAUGAGCUUAAAAACGAAGACUCAUCACCCGAAAAUGCGCUCGUAAAUAUUAUGAAAAAAAUGUAUAACAGUGGUGAUUCGAAAACAAAGCAAAUGAUUGCCAAGGCGUGGACUGAAGGGCAACAAAAAGCACAUCUUGGACAACCGGACGAGAUGUAAAACUGGAAAAGUUCAAAUUACAAUAUGUGCAGAAAUAUACAUAGUUUCUUCUUUGUUUAUUUAACAAGCACUUUAGAAUUAUAACGAAUAACAAACAAUACAUUCUAUAAUGCGAUAUUUUGUAGAUCUAAACAUAAAAUAUAGAUAUUUAUUUUUUGUAUUAUUCUAAGAGGAAAUAGAAACAACUGUGUAUUCCAAAUAAAUAAGAAGUCAUUUAAAG